GACGGUGGGGGCGGUCGUCAUUCGCAGUCGAAGUUGGCUGAAUUUUUUGAAGCCGAAGUUUCAGGAAAUUGCAGCCCUGGCUGCAGCUGUGUUUGCGGGCUGCGAAUAUGGCCAAUGCAGUCAGACCUGGAGAAAUCAUCCAUCUCAACGUGGGAGGAAGGAGGUUCAGUUCGUCUCGACAAACCCUCACAUGGAUCCCAGACUCCUUCUUCUCAAGCCUCCUGAGUGGACGGAUCUUAAGUCUGAGGGAUGAAACUGGAGCUUUUUUUAUCGAUCGUGAUCCAACUGUGUUUGGCACCAUACUGAAUUUUCUUCGUACCAGAGAGCUGGAUGCCAGAGACACCAAUAUCGGAUUACUUCGUCAUGAGGCUGAAUUCUAUGGAAUUUCACCGCUGGUUCGUCGCCUAGAGUUGUGUGCAGACUCAGAGCGCUCCUCCUGCGGAAGUGUCCUAUUUCAUGGGUACCUCCCACCUCCAGUGAUCCCAGCCAUGAGACGGAAUCGACAUAGCCUGGCCAGCCCACAGAUAGUGGGGCCUCGGCUCGAGGGCACUGACCGAGUGCCUGUGCGGAGAAGCAACACCAUGCCACCCAAUCUGGGCAAUGCUGGCAUUGUUGGGAAACUCCUGGAGCAACGAGGAAGUGGGUCACCAUCUCAUCCUGGCAUGGUGCGGAUAGUGCGAGGGCAUCACAACUGGAUUGCGGUGGCUUAUGCACAGUUUGUGGUGUGUUACAGAUUGAAGGAAUCAUCAGGAUGGCAGCAGGUUUUCUCCAGCCCUCGUUUAGACUGGGUCAUUGAGCAGGUGGCUCUCAAUGCCAAGGUGAUGGGUGGAUCACUUGGAGAUAAUGACAAGAUGGUGGCCGUGGCUUCCUGCAGUGAGAUUAUCCUGUGGGCCAUUCACGAGAGUGGCAGUGGCAGCGAGAUUGGAACCUUUGCACUGGGACCACCGCUUGAAGAUUUGUUCUUUGUGGGGAAUCAACUAAUUGCAACAAGUCACACGGGGAAAGUUGGGGUCUGGAAUGCAGUCACCAAACACUGGCAGAUUCAGGAUGUGGUCCCAAUAAACAGUUAUGAUACUGCCGGCUCACUGCUAAUCCUGGGUUGUAAUAAUGGAUCGAUAUACUAUAUUGAUGUCCAGAAGUUUCCUCUGCGGAUUAAAGACAACGAUUUGCUUGUUACAGAGCUUUAUUGUGAUCCAUCUGAAGAUGCCAUUACUGCCCUGAGUGUCUAUCUCACCCCAAAGACCAGUGACAGUGGGAACUGGAUUGAGAUUGCGUAUGGGACUAGCUCUGGAAUGGUGCGAGUGAUCGUGCAGCAUCCUGAGACUGUGGGAUCAGGACCACAGCUCUUUCAGACAUUCAGUGUCCACCGAAGCCCCAUCACAAAGAUUAGACUGUCUGAACGUAAUCUCAUCUCAGUCUGUGCUGAUAGCCAUCACGUACGAACGUGGACUGUGACCAGAUUCCGGGGAAUGAUCUCCACCCAGCCAGGGUCAACUCCACUCGCCUCCUUCAAAAUACUCUCACUGGAAGACUUGGAUGGACACGGAGGAUGCUCAGUGGGAUUGGAUAUUGGCCCAUUUGGAGAUCGGGAUGAGGAGCAGGUUUUUAUCCAGAAGGUUGUCCCUGACACCAAUCAGCUGCUUGUGCGGUUGUCCUCAACUGGCAGGAGGAUCUGUGAGAUCCGCUCAGUGGAUGGACUUGGCAUCACUGCUUUCACUGUCCACGAGUGCGAGGGUUCGAGCCGCAUCAGCUCACGGGCCAGACGAUACCUGUUCACUGGGCACUCCAAUGGCAGCAUUCAGAUGUGGGACCUCACGACGGCAAUGGAGGCUACUGGCAAAGCGGCAUCUGGAGACCCGGGAGGCCCCACUGAACAGGAACUGCUGCAACAGCUUGAACAGUGUGACCUGACGCUGACUCGAACUCCUGAUGUGAGCCCUGCGCAGUCGGUCACUCAGCCCUCUUCGCUCCACCUGUCAUCCAGCCAAUUUCUGAUGUCCGAUGGGUUCCGGGAGAGACUGAUGCGGAGUGGAGCAGGAGGGCUUCGGAUGGACAGUCUCAGUCUGGCCAGACAGUGGGAAGGAUUUCCCAGUGUGAAUAGUUUGCAGUCAUCCAUUGCUAGUCGAACAUCACUUGAGAAAAGUGACGUUAGCUCUGGGAACCCUCACCUGCUGAAAUCUGCUGGUGAAGGAAGAUUACGACGCUUUCAGCACCAGGCAGAGGGUCUGAGCGCAGCUGAGGGUGAGAGCAAGUUGGGGCAGAGAGGCAGCUUCGUGGAGCGUUGCCAGGAGUUGGCACGUUCCACCGAAUUCAGUGUUGUGGAUCCACGCUGGCUCAGCUGUGAAUUGGACAGAAGAACCUCAAUGAUAAAUAAAGCAUCUGCUGAAUCCAACCCAAGGCCCAUGCUCGCCAGUCCCACUGUAUCCAGCAUAUCUCCCCCUUCCAUCGUACCACCAGCCAGUGCCGGACUGGAAGCUCAGCCGGUGGCAAAUUCCCUCAGCUCACCCACUGAAUUACCAGCUGCCUCCAGACCCAGAAUGAAUGAGACUUCAUUCUAAUGCUGUCUGCUUCUCAAUCUUCAGGCAACAUUUCCUGUGAAUCCAGAGCACCAGACUUUUCCAGCUGGGAGUUUCAAGAAAUGGUGUGUAAAUGUUCCUGGGAUGGGUGCUUUGGAGCAGGUAAUGCAUCAAACUUCAAGGUCAUCAUCCUGUCAACUCCUGACCUUUGACUGAGUUCUUACUGAUCUCCAAAAUUUUCUCUUUCAAUCUGGUGAUGAAGCAGCAAAACCUGAUCACCAAAUCAAUCAGCUGUGGUUCAGUGGAAAAUUCCAGCUGGUUCUGGAUCCCACUUGCAGGUUGAGUGACUCUGUGAGAGUCUGGGUUUUUGCCAGUAAUGACUACAUUGCUGUGAAUGUCAUCUGCUUUUGGUGUUACAUUAAGUUUACAUGUUAGUUCCUCAAGGAUCAAAAAGUAGGAAUCCAGGUCCAGAGUGAAAGGUGCAACACAUGCAUUGCUUUUCUAUGAUGUGAUUUCUAGACUGAAGUAAACAGUGAUGAAUUUC